UCUACUUCGAGUUCUACUACUCUUGCUUCGACCAACAUGUCGUCGAGCUUCUAUGCAACAACACCCGAGCAGCACCCAGCUGCCGCUUCGCAGCACGACCAUGUUGUUGAAGAAACGACGGGCUCGUGCACAAGAAAGUCAUUUGACAGCAAGAUGAACCAGCAGCACUCCUACAUCCACAGUCUCCAGUGGAUCCUGAAACCGAAAGUGUCUGCUUCUCGUCCUGGUGGCGCCGAGGACCGAAACGGUACUAAAACGACGACGACUUCAUCUGCGACUGCGCAAGAACAAAUGAAAAAGACUUCUAAUCCG